GGGGCUCCCAGCCGGCUGCACCCCAGGGAUCUGGGGGUGUCUCGUGGCCCCGGGGUGCGCGGUGGUGGCACAGGGAGCGGCUGGGUGCUGGUGCCGUGCCAUGUCUUGGGGUGCCCCGGUGCCGUGCCAUGGGGAGCCCCGGUGCCGUGCCGUGCCGUGCCGUGCCAUGGGGUACCCAAAUAGCGCGCUAUGGGGCGCGCCGGUGCUGUGCCAUGGGGAGCCGCCGUGCCGCGCCGCGCCGCGCCGCGCCGUGCCGUGGGGAGCCCCGGUGCGGCUCGGUUGCCGGUGCAGGAGCGGUGCCGGUGCCGGUGCGCGGCGGAUUCCUCCCCCUAGGGGUCGGUGUGCACCGGAGCGGGGGCUCGGGAGGCGGCAGCUCCUGCGCACGGCCCGGGGCGGCCGGGACACGGCGCCGGCGGGGAGCGGGGAGCGGGGAGCGGGCACCGGUGCGGGUCCGGGAUGAGCUGCGCCCCCGCCAGCGCCGACGCCUGACCCCGCCACCAUGCUCGUCAAGGAAUACCGCAUCUGCAUGCCGCUCACCACCGAGGAGUACCGCGUGGGGCAGCUGUACACCAUCAGCAAGCACAGCCACCAGGAGAGCGAAAAGGGCGAGGGCGUGGAGGUGGUGAAAAACGAGCCCCACGAGGACCCCGUCCACGGCCCCGGCCAGUUCACCGAGAAGCGCGUCCACCUCUCCAGCAAGCUGCCGAGCUGGGCCCGGGCGGUGACCCCCCGAAUCUUCUACAUCACGGAGAAGGCCUGGAACUACUACCCCUACACCAUCACGGAGUACACGUGCUCCUUCCUGCCCAAGUUCUCCAUCUACAUCGAGACCAAAUACGAGGACAACUGCGGGGACAGCGAGAACAUCUUCCACAGCGAUAAAAUCCUGGGCGACCACGAGGUCUCCUUCCUGGACAUCGCCUUCGACGAGAUCCCCGAGCGCUACUACCGCAGCCUGGAGGACCCCCGGUUCUUCAGCUCGGCCAAAACGGGCCGGGGACCGCUGCGGGAGGGCUGGCGCCAGCACACCAAGCCCAUCAUGUGCUCCUACAAGCUGGUGACCGUCAAGUUCGAGGUGUGGGGGCUGCAGACGCGCGUGGAGCAGUUCGUGCACAAGGUGAUCCGGGACAUCCUGCUGAUCGGGCACCGGCAGGCCUUCACCUGGGUGGACGAGUGGUGCGGCAUGACGAUGGAGGAGGUGCGGCGCUACGAGCGGGAGACGCAGGAGGCCACCAACGAGAUCAUCGGCAUGGUGGCCCCCACCAUUUCGGUCAGCGAGGUGGGGCAGCCCACGGCCACGCACUCAGGCCCCGCCAGCGCCCCUUCCACCCCCCUGAGCGACGAAGCCCCCGAUUUCCUCGCCCCUCCCAAAGCUCGGCCCCGCAAGAAGUCGGCGCCGGAGACCCUGACGCUGCCGGCGCUGCGGGAACGUGCCAGCGCCGAGUGAGGCCGCGCUGUGCCACCGUGCCGUGCCACCUGCCCGGUCGGACUGUCCUCUCCUCCGUGCCAGCCCUGCCACCCGCCUCGUCCCCUCCGACGGAUGCCAACCCCGAGGGGGGAACCCGCCAGCAGGGCGCAGGGGAGCCUCGUGGGGG